AUGCAGCUGCAGCGGGCGGCAGGCAGCCUGUCAGGGCCUCGAGCGCCGCAGGCCGCAAGCCGCAUGCCCCCUCACUCCCGCCGCCCCAUCGCUGUGCGUGUGCUGGGGAGCACGGAGGGCGCCGGCAGGCCCCAGGUCAAAACAUCAGCGACCGCGGUGGCAACGGCGCCCAUGGUGGCUACCGAGGAUGCGGUGGAGCACGCGCCGCCCAUGGGGGACGCCGCCGCACACGCGCUGGCCACGGGCGCGGGCUUGGCGGCCGCCCAGAGCAGAAAGCAGAAGCAGGCGCUGUUCAGGCAGGCCCAGCAGCUGCUGCUGCAGCAGCAGGAGCGGCUGGAGCAGCUGCGCGGCGAGGUGACGGCGCUGCAGUCGGAGCGGCAGCAGCUGCAUGAGGAAAUGGUGGGCAAGGUGCGCGAGGCCAAGACCGUGCGGCAGCAGCUGGCCAAGGUGGCGGCGGCCGCCUCCCAGCUGCAGCAGGCCAAGGAGGCUGCCGAGGCGACGGCCGAGGAGAUGCGGCAGCAGCUGGCGGCGGCGGUAGACCAGGCGGCCUCCAUGCAGGACCACGCCAGCAGCGCGCAGCAGGAGGAGCUGGAAGCCUACAAGCAGCAGCUGCACCAGGCCCUGCAGGAGCUGCAGUAUGAGCGGCAGGAGCGGGAGGUGCUCAAGUCGGAGAUAGUGAACGCCGAGAUGGCGGCGGCGGAUGCGCGCAAGCUGGCGGCGGAGGUGUCUGGGCUGCAGCGCAAGGUGGCUGAGUCGCUCAAGAAGCGGCAGGAGGCGGCCAACAAGCUGCAGGCUGACCUGUCCAAGGCCACCGCGGAGUGCACGCAGCUGCGCCACCAGGCCGCGGCGGCCGAGGAGCAGGCGCUGGGGCUGGAGACGCAGCUGGCGGCGGCGGCCAAGGAGCGUGAGGGCCUGCAGCAGCGCUUCAGCCAGCUGGAGGCAGAGCUCGAGGCGGCGCAGCAGCAGCAGCAGCAGCUGGCGGGCCACGACUCCACGCUGGCGACCCAGCUGGAGCAGGCGCAUGUUGAGAUGAAUGAGGCCAUGGCCAUGCUGGCUGCGGAGCGAAAGCGCAACGAGGAGCUGGAGCGGCAGCGGGAGUCGGCGGCAGAGGAGUCCAAGCUGCUGAUGGCGCAGCACCGCCACCUGGCGCUGGAGGGCGAGGCGGUUCGGCUGGAGCUGAGGGAGGAGCAGAAGCUGCGCAUGGCGGCGGAGAAGCGGGCGUCGGCGGCCAACGAGCAGGUGCAGCACCUGGCUGCCCAGCUGGAGGAUGUGCAGACUGUGUCCAUGGCCCGGAUGCUGGCGGACCGGCUGGAGCAGGCGGAGGCGGAUGUGGGGCAGGCGCUGGCGACGGAGGAGGAGGAGAAGGCGGAGCAGGCGCAGCAGGACGAGCAGCAGCGGGAGAACGACGCCGAGGCCGCGCACCUGGAGGCCCAGCUGGCAGUGGUGGCUGGCGACCACGAGCGCCUGCAGCAGCGCUUUGUGCAGCUGGAGGGCGAGCUGGAGUCGGUGCGGCGGUCGGCGUCGCAGGAGCAGGCGCGGCUGGCGGGCCACGCCUCCGCGCUGGCCACCGAGCUGGAGGAGGAGCGGCGCGCCUCGGCCCAGGCCCUUUCCUACCAGCUGGGCGAGGUGCAGAGCGCGGCGGAGGAGGCCGGCGCCGUGGCCGACCAGCUUAAGGAGGCGCAGCGGGAGGCGGCGGCGGCCAGGGCGCUGGCGGACGAGAUCAAGGAGGCCAGGGCGGCGGCCGCGGCGGCCGCCUCCAUGGGCAAGGAGUUUGAGGCGCUGCGCCAGGAGGCGGCGUCGGCCCGCGGCCUGGCCGCGCGGCUGCAGGUGGCGGAGCAGGAGCUGGCGCACGCCAAGACGCUGGCCGCGCAGCUGGAGGAGGAGCGGGCGGUGGCGGCGGCCGCGCAGGCGGCCUGCCACACCGCCAAGGGGCGCAACGCGCUGCUGGAGAAGGCGUGGUCGACGGCGCUGGAGGACACCAAGUGCCUGCAGGUGGAGAAGCGCAACCUUGAGUAUGCCCUGGCUGAGUCCCAGCGCGAGGCCUUUGCCCUGGCCACCCAGCUGGAGUGCGCCUCUGAGAUUCUGGAGCAGGCGCAGAACGAUGCUGCAACGGCCCAGACCGCGGCUGCCACGGCGCGCAGCCGCAGUGCGCUGCUGGAGAAGGCCUGGAGCGCUGCGCUCGAGGAGGUCAAGGAGCUGCAGAAUGCGCUGGAGCUGCAGCUGCAGCCCUGGCAGUAG